AUGGAGGUUGAUCCAAGUGUUUGGGAUGAUAGUGGAGAAUUUUUGGAGGAUAAAGCUAAGUAUAGACGUCUAGUUGGAAAACUUAUCUAUUUGACAGUAACAAGGCUUGAUAUUUCCUUUGAUGUUGGUUUAGUCAGUCAUUUUCUGGAUAAGCCUAAGCAAGUUCACUGGGAUGCUGUUAUUCGAAUUCUUCAAUAUAUCAAGAAAUCUCCCGGCAAAAGAUUGUUAUUUAAAAAGAAUGGGCAUCUAAAAAUUGAAGGAUAUUCAGAUGCUGAUAAUGCUGGUUCUAAGUCUGAUAGAAAGUCUACUUAUGUAUAUUGCACCUACUUGGGAGGAAACCUGGUAACUUGGCGAAGUAAGAAACAACAUAUUGUUGCGAGAUCGUCUGCCGAGGCCGAGUAUAGAGUUAUGGCUCAUACUGCUACUGAGAUGAUUGAAGUCAAGAAUCUACUUGGAGAAUUGAGAUUCACUUUCAAUGAACCUUUACCGAUGCAUUGUGAUAACCAAGCUGCAGUCUAUAUUGCGAAUAAUCCGAUUUUUCAUGAGAGGACUAAACAUAUUGAAAUUGUUGAUACAUUUACAAAACCGUUGUCUAUGAAGCGUUUCUCAAAACUCUGUACCAAGAUGGACAUGAUCAAUAUAUAUGAUCCAGUUUGA